AUGUCACUGCCGGCGAGGGAGCCGGUGUCAGAUCCGGGUCCACAGCGGCCGUGGGUGAUCCUGGGGAGCAUCCCGCUGGUGUCGAAGGCGGACAACUUCUUGCCAGGAACGGACGUGUUCGUGGGGUUCGCCGAUCCGCCGCGCGUGUCCAUCGCUUCCAUGCCCCGCCGCAUCGCCCCUGACGCCCACGCCAACAUCGACAACAACAACAACUACCCAUACAUCGUCGCCGUCAACGAUUCCACGGGGCGCUUCCUCCUCCACGCCACCCAGGGCCUCUCCCACGAACCCGCCGUCGUCGAGCGCCACGAUCAUAUCAAGCUCGUGCAUCGUGGGCACGCCCCGGCCUACUUCCUCUGCAACGCGCACACGGGCGCCGCGUCCCGCCUCCCGGACCCCGUCGGGAACCCCGUGCUUUUCCCCGGCAACGUGGGCCUCAUCGCCGACCCCACGACCCGCGCCGAUGGUGGGCCGCACUACGUGGUCGCGGAGCUCCAGCCCAUGGCCGGGACGGCCCACGCCACGCUGCUCUGCUACUCCACGGCGAGCGGCCGGUGGGCCGAGAAGGAGGUGCUCGGCUACUCCCCAGACCACCCGCCGUGGGGCCGCGACGGCGUGAUCUCGUUUGCGGGGAGGCUCUGGUGGGUCGACCUCUCCUACGGCCUGCUCACAUGCGACCCGUUUGCGCGCGCUCCUUCCCUGCGCCACGUGCCGCUGCCUCGGGGCAGCGUCAUGGCCGUGGCGCCGCGUGCCGGCGCCCUCGACCGGCAGCGCUGCGUCCGGGUCAGCGCCGGCAAGCUUCGCUACGUGCAGCUGCACGGCAUCCUCCCGGAGACGCAGAUGGUCACCAUGUGGACAUUGGAUCAUCAGGACGACGGCGAGAGUACGACGACGAAUGCGGCGUGGAAGCGCGAGUACCAGGCCACCCUGUCCGAGAUCUGGGCCGACGGAAGCUACAAGGCCACCGGGAUGCCCAAGCGCGCGCCCGUGCUCGCGGCCGUUAACCCGCAGAACCCCCGCGUCGUGUACUUCUUCCUGGACGCGUGGAUCUUCGCGGUGGACGUGCCCGCUAGGAGGGUUCUCGAGUGUGACGUCUGCCAGAUGGUCGACCCGCCGGUUGAGCUCUUCUCCUCCCGUUUCGUUCACGCAUGGGAGCUGCCGCCGUCGCUCUGCCCAGAUAAUGCCGCUUCAUCCACAGAUUGACGGAUGUUACUUUUUGGCCGUUGGAUCACACGUUGAUAUCCGCGCCAACCGUCGGAUCUCACAGAUACGCUCUACGCACGGAUCACAAGGCGCAUAUGGCGGCUAAAAACGGACUGGUACAUACCAGAGCCGUUAUUAAAGAG